CGCAUUCCGCCGAACGAAAGUUUCACGUGACCUAGCCUUCGACGCAUCAAAUUCUGGUGGCUCUGCAGCCAAGAUCACUUCAUCCAAUUAUCAACUACCAUUCAACAGCCGAACUGCAACGUGCUGACUUGCUCGAGCUUGCUUACAUAUCACGACAUAUCUUAUAUACAAUCCCCCAUUAGGAAUUUGUCGGCCGGUUGGAAGAGCCGACCAUUCCGAAAGUCUGUAUGUAGAUUUGAUGAUUUGAUAAUCAAGCAACCCUCAGACUUGUCUUUUGGCGUACGAAUCAUCCCGUACAAUACCAGUACGUGAACGCUUUAUCCUGACUCCUCGUUUACCGAUGUUUUCUGUCUCGGUCUCAGAGCCAAUUGAUAUUGUUGAUCUCAGGUUAGCCAGCAAUCAAUCAUGGAGAACACAAAACGUUCCGCACGAGAAGAGCGUGGAGAACGAGUUAAUGGUCAGAUCAAACUCACGGGUACCAAACUCACCAGACGUCGUAUACCCCUUUCAUGUCAAGCUUGUAGGGUCAGAAAGUUAAAAUGCAAUAGAGAAAAACCAUGUCAAAACUGUGCAGUAAGGGGAGAUAUAGCAAUCACUACUUGCUCAUAUGCCGAGAAGAAUGAUGCUCGUUUACCGAGGCUCUCUACUUUGCAACCGGAGCAAGAAGAUAUGAGAGCACGAAUCGAUCGAUUGGAAAACUCAAUCAUAUCUAUGAUUUCCAAAGAGAAAAAGAACAACAUCCCUCCUCUCUUUUCAAGUCUCGGAGAGAAUAAUGAUGAUCAUGUCGGUCAAGCAGGUGGUCAAAAAGCUUCUGUCGAUACAAGGAGUACACAUUGGGAUUCGAUUCUCAGCGAUCUCGGAGCAGUGAAAGAUGCAUGGAUUGAUGACCACGAUCAAUUCGAGACAUCAUUGCCACCAGCAACAACUUCUUAUCGACCAAGUCUGUUAGGGAGUCUUACUGAACCACCUGAUCGUGCAACGAUACUUGCAUCUUUACCUUCCAGGAAAGAGGGAGAUAAGCUUAUUGAACGAUUCUUUGAAAGUUAUAACCCUUCCAUACCAGCAUGUUAUUGGUGUAUCAAAGAAGCUCACGAAUGA